CCUUGUUUUUUUGCAAUUUUGACAUGAUUUUAACUUGUGAUUAGUUUUUUAUUUUAAAAUUUAUUGAUCCUUGACUGGCUGAAACAUUAAAAAGCUGAAAAUAUUCUACUGUCGAAGGAUACACACAUUAAAGUUUUCCAUCACAAUAUUAUAUAAAUAAGGUAAAAGGUGUGGAAAUAAAACUUUCAGAACAUAUUUUAAAAUGCAUCUGGGAGUGAAUUUAUCUAAUGCUUUACAACAAUUAGAAAGUGUAAAAGCUGCCGUAGAUCAGAGUGAUGAUCCUAAAUUAAAGGCAGCAACAAAUGAUGACCUAAACCUCCUCAUAAACCUUUUGGAAAGCCCCAUUCUCAAGAGCAUUGCUACUUUACAUGACUCUGUUGGCAUGCUUGCAACUCAAGUAGCACAUCAUCCAUCAAUAAUCCCAGGGGAUUUUGACAUCACUCCAGCUGGUGACUUGGCAUUGCAAGCUAGAAAUCUAUAUGGCACUCAUGAGGGAGAGGAAGAACAACGUGUACCUCAGGUGUCACCACCACAUAGUCUAGAGUUUGGAUCUGGCUCUGAUACUGAACGCAUCCUAGGUCUGGACUCUGCCUCAGUUGAUUCUAAUAUGUCACCUAAACAGACGAGGGGCAUUCUGGAAAUCUCGCGAAAUGAUGAUUCCUUGGCAUCAACGAAUAUUGUGGCUGGGGACUGGGCUCAAGUUGAAAUUAUAAACUUGGUUAAUGACGGAACUGGACUUGGCUUUGGUAUUAUUGGUGCUAGAACCAGUGGUGUGAUAGUGAAGACCAUAUUGGCUGGUGGUGUGGCAGAUCGAGAUGGCAGAUUGAAGUCUGGUGACCAUAUUUUACAGAUUGGUGAUGUAAGCCUAAUGGAGAUGGGCUCGGAACAGGUGGCGGGUGUGUUACGCGCGUCUGGCUCGCGAGUGCGGCUCGUGGUAGCGCGAGCAGUGGAUCCCGCCGCCGUGCACGCGUCCAACGCACCCAUUGUACCCGCCAGGCUCCUGUCGAGUCCCGAAGCAUUGGACCGCUACCUCAUGGAAGCUGGAUUCGAGCAAGUGUUUCACACCCAACCUAUAACACUGAACUCCAAUGUAUCCAGAUUUGUCUUCGAUUCCUCCAUAACUCCACCGCCGGAAUCAGAUGCAGAAUCCCCCGAGGUCGAUAGAUUUACUGUCCAAUUGAAGAAAGACGAAAACGGAUUAGGCAUCACAAUCGCAGGUUACGUGUGCGAGAAAGAAGAGUUAUCGGGUAUAUUCGUGAAGUCGGUAACGCCGGGUAGUGCAGCAGCCAUUAGCGGCAAAGUGCGUGUGAACGACCGCAUCGUAGCGGUGGACGGCGUGUCACUGGCGGGGAAGUCCAACCAGAGGGCUGUGGACGCGCUGAAACAGAGCGGAAACAUUGUCACUUUGGAGCUAGAGAGGUACCUCCGCGGCCCCAAGUUUGAGCAGCUUCAGCAAGCGAUUGCUGCGGGGGAGAGUGCGGCGGCGGCGGCGACCGCACACAACCCUUUCCUGCACAUGCACCGCCCUGAGCCCACCGCCGACCACGACAUACAGAUGACGCACCUUCAGAGCCCGCUCGAAACAAAUGUAGAGGAGAUUGAGCCUUCUCCACCCCGCAGUCCGAUACCAGCGCCUACGCCCACUCCGCAAUUCGAGAUGCCACGCACACAGGAGCAAAAGGACGCGAUCAAGAGAAAGUGGCAAGCUAUUCUAGGUGACGAAGUCGAGAUCAUAGUCGGCGUAGUGGUUCGAGGUGGCGGUGGUUUGGGCAUUUCACUUGAAGGCACUGUAGAUGUAGAGGGCGGGCGUGAAGUGCGCCCUCAUCAUUAUGUACGUUCCGUGUUGCCCGAGGGACCGGUCGGUCGUGCUGGCGUGCAUCGCCCCGGAGACGAGCUACUUGAGGUGAACGGGCAUCGUUUGCUAGGCAUGAACCAUCUGGAGGUGGUGUCCAUCUUGAAGGAGUUAUCCAGCGAAGUGUGUAUGGUGUGCGCUCGGCCGCGACCCUCGCCGCCACUAGAGCUAGCUCCGCCCGCUGCUACCCUAGUUAAGGCGAAGUCCGAUGGAAGUCUGGCCGGUGCAGGUGCUGAGGAGGGUGGGGCGCUCGGAGCGGGUGGCAAGGUUCGUUCUCGGAGUCUCGAGCCGCUGACCGGGCUCGCCAUGUGGUCCUCUGAGCCGCACAUCAUUGAACUAGUGAAGGGCGAGCGCGGUCUCGGUUUCUCGAUCCUAGACUACCAGGACCCGUUGCGUCCAUCCCACACGCUGGUGGUGAUCAGAUCGUUGGUCCCGGGUGGUGUCGCGCAGCAAGACACCCGGCUCAUACCCGGUGACAGGCUGCUCUUUGUUAAUGACCAGAACUUAGAGAACGCGAGUCUUGAGCAAGCAGUGGCAGCCUUAAAGGGAGCACCGCGGGGCGUGGUACGCAUCGGAGUGGCCAAACCCUUACCGCUGGCCGACGCACCUCCCCCCCUACCCGCCUCCGCUCCCCCCGCGUACUCCUCACAAGACUAACUUCGACCACUGUCCGAUUGCGACUAAUAGGCGUCAAAGCAUAUACUUACGGUAGGUAUGACAUAAACUAAAUAUCGUCAGCUAAACUAUCGUUUUUGGACGAAAAUGACGGAUUAUGUCAUUUUUGGGAAUUUACUAACGUUAAAGGAAUGUUUUCAAGAUUCUUGUACGUAUGUAUUUUGGUUUCUUUACUCAACUAUAACUUCUAAAUAAAAACCUAAAGGGAAUCGGAUGUAAAGGUUAACUUAAAGUGUUAAAUAUAUUAUUAUGGCUGUAUGGCGCCAUUUGCAAAUGAAAAAAAUUAGGCAGCCGUAUUUUUUAAUUAUUCUAAUUAAGUACUUAAUUUUAUAUAUAAAUCGGUUACAUUUACAAGAAACGAAAAUAAAUCCUCUUAAUUCGAAACUUAUUUCGAUUCGAAAGCAAUUUCCAAAAGAAUGUUUUUGUCUCUUUGAGAUCUUUUUUAAGAGGGUCUUUUUUCCGUAUUGUUUAUAUUCUUUGUAAAAAUGCUCGGAGCACAUCGUUUUGAUAGUUUAGUUAACAAUAUGUACUGUUAUCCUGAUUGAAUGCGGUUUUCUAUUGAUAAAGAUCAUUUAUAAUUAUCUAUUUUGACUGCCACACUGACAUAGUGUUAUACACCAUUAAUUUUAAAACCACCAAUUAUUUAUUUCAUUUUUAUUGAGUUCCGUUGUGCAGAUAACGGCGUUAACACGUUGUUUUAAUAAUCACAGUGACGAUUUGACUAACCAGGACAAUUGACUUUUGGACCAUGGUCCGAAUUCGACUAGAGGUCGCCAAAGAAUAUAUUUGUGGCCGCUGCAAAACUUAUCGACUGAACACCGACUCCACUGAAAUUAAAGCAUUGUAAUGUGAACUUUAUGCUGUGCGAAUUAAAUCAAACUUUUCAAUAUUGUUUUGCCAGUAACACAACGCCUUGGCCACGCUUCCGACACGCAAACCUUUAACUGUAUGACAUAACAUUAUGUAAAGCUCACGUUUCUGUGAUAUAACUUGGUGGAGUUGAUCUUGAGUCGAUUUUGUGCGCGAAAGCCAUUUCGGUAGGUUUUAACGACUCGGUAAAUACUUGAUUUAUAUGCAAUUACUUAGUGGAAGGUGGUUUAAAUGUAGGUAGCUACGUAAAGCUAUACUUAUUUCGAUCUAUGUUUACGAUUUAAUAGUACCUACAUAACUUACAAAAUCUUCGACGGGCUUUGUAAAUGAGGAGCGUUUUCCCAAAAAGAUACAUAUCAAAACAGUAUUUAUGUCCCAAAACCAUUUAAUUCAUUUCUGGCUAGUUGUUGCCCGUGACUUCGAUGAAUUAAAAAGUUUUAUUUUCUGACUGAAAAUAAACAUUUCGAAAUCUUGCUCUGUGUAAAACAAAAAAACUAAUCUAUGCCACAGAAACCUUACAAUUUUCCUAGAUAAUAUGUAGUCAUGUGCUAUUUCGGACGAUAGUCUAUCUUUGUGUUAAAUUUAAUCCAGAUCCAUUCAGCCAUUCUGGCAUGUUAGAGUAACAAACAUCCAUUCAAACUUUUACAUUUAUAGUAUUAUUAGGUAUAGAUUCUUUGGAAAGCAGUUUAAUAUUCAAAUUCCGGUUUUUACAGUACAAAUUGAAUAGUUUAUGUAUCGUUUACUGAAAAUACCGAGGAAGAGUGUCGAAAAAAAUAAAGAGGAAGAAUGAAGAAAACUGCAGUUUUAAGAAUCGCUUUGGUGAAAAUGUUCCUCAUUUUGAAAACAACACUAGUGAUUAAUUCCUAGCAAAUGUUAGAUUUAUAAAUAGGAAUUUACUAUCUUUAAUAUCGUGGUAUUAUAAUAUUUUUAUGAGACCUAUUAAUUUUAAGAUUGUACUUAAUAGAUGUAAUAAUUUUCGAUUAUCGAUUUAUUGUACGGUAUUACAAUAAUAUCCCGUGCCAUAAAUCGAUAAAAAUAUAUUGAGAUAUAAAUAUUAAGAAUUUAUUAAAUUGUUAUUAUAAUAUAAUUGUUAUCAACAUUCCGUAUUAUGACAGAAACAAGGUUUAUGUAAAUAAAAUUUUGAAGUAAUUCCAUUUUAAGUUCAUAUGAUAUUAUAAAUUUUAUUAUUAUUUAUUAAUUUUACACCCGUAUUCAGAAGCACUGCCCGCCAUCCCGUAUUGGAGCAGCGUGGUGGGGCUAAUCUCCUAUCGCAAACCACACAGAUCUUUUAAAAUGCACUCUUACUCAUGUUUCUCACCGACAUCGGAGCAUUCUUAAGAAAUGUCUCCUUACCAAUUGUGCAUUGUAGUCAGUGUAGAAGUUCUCUGAAUGUUUCUGAAUAGGUGUAUUAGUCGUUCGUUUUAUAAAAUGUCCACAUAACGAUGCUAUGAAAUGUUAUUAAUAAACACAAUUUAUAGUUUUAAGAUUCACAAAUAAACUAUAUUAAUA